UCAAAUCCAUACUCGGAUUUUCAGAGUUCUAUAUUCAUAAUUUCCUGGUGUGUAGUGUGGAAAAAGUUUUGUCUGGACAAUCUUAUAGCAGAAUUGUCAACAAUUCUGCUACGAGAGUGUGCAGAUACCAACCCAAUCUCGUGAAAUUUUACGUGGGUGUGUGUUCACAUACUGCAGGCUUUGACCACGUGCUUGGGUGGGUAUUUUAGGGGUGUAUCCUUCAGACUGAGGCCGUACAUGCAGCAAUUUCAGGAGAGGGCAAGAGGUAGGGAUGUUGUGAGAGUAGAAUUCGUUCGCAGAAAAUGUUUCUACGGGGAGCACAUGGAGGGGCUCGAAAGAUACUUCGAGAUGAGUUGUAUUCUUCUCUGCCAAGAGACGCACUAGCAAGGCUCUUGAGGCUGAAAUGGACAUCUUCGCUGGGGUCAGGAUUCGAUGGCAGCAGUUUUAGUGAUGAGGAAGACAAUUCUUAUCACGAGUUAAGGAACAUGCGCUUCGGGUAUGGGGAGCCUGGGAGUGUUACUUAUAAAGGAAACGAGGAUUCUAUGGUCGACGAGUUUAACAGGGAGCUUGAAUCUAUAUUUGGCGCUGCAGCUCCUGACCAGCUUGGAACCAGCCCUGGACCCAAGAGUGAAGUCUUUCCUGGGGGGCAAUCAAUACAUCGAGUAACAACGAGUUUUGAUGGUCAUGGUGGCAUGAAAAUCGGAACACACAACGGGCCUCGAGCAUUACAGAAAGACUUAAGUACCACAGGGGACAAGGAUGGCGAUCACCACUCAAAUGCUGCGGCUUUGUCCCACGUGGAUUCUGCAGGAAAGGCAGCAAUGGUGAAUGUUUCCACAAAAACUAACACGUCAAGAGUGGCAGUUGCAAGUGGCCGCGUUCUUCUUGGUUUUGAUGCAUUUUCUCUUGUGGCAGCUAACAACAUUGCCAAAGGUGAUGUGCUCACUGUGGCAAAGAUCGCAGGAAUUAUGGGUGCAAAACAGACAGCGACUCUUAUCCCUCUGUGUCACCCUUUAAACUUGAGCGGGGUUGAUGUAAGCUUGUCCUUAAACAAAGAAUUACACGCAGUGGACAUAGAAGCAAAAGUAACAACUGUAGGCCUCACUGGCGUGGAGAUGGAGGCACUCACUGCGGUGAGCGUUGCUAGCCUUACAGUCUACGACAUGUGUAAGGCAGUGUCCAAGGACAUUCGAAUAUCUGAUGUGCGUCUUGAAUCCAAGACAGGAGGCAAGAGUGGUGAAUGGCAUCGGCUGCGUAAUCGAUCCUCUAGGUGAUAAUUUCUGAUAAAGAUGCCCAUGAAUGGAGCAUCAUGCUGCUCUCUGGUAGCUGUGUAGCUGUUCUCAAGCUCAAAUUUUUCCGUUGUCCCGAGAAGCAUUUAACUUAAAUUCACUAAGUGGGCCAUUUUUCGGGAUCCUUAUUCUCCAGGACUGUUAUACUUAACAAAGACGAGAAUAUAUCUAAAAGUGAUUUUUCUGAUCU